AGAGCCCGCCUCACGCGCAAAUCUGGAGCGUGACAGUGUGUCGUGCACCCGCCGCCGGGCGGGCAGCUCCGCCCAGCGCCUGAGGUACCGCCUGCGCCGCUCACCGCUCCGCACACCGACUCGGAUAGGCCGUGUAGCCAGCGGCGCUGAGGAAGGCUGCGUUAUCAGGUAGGUAGAAUGAUCUUUAAAUUCUGUCCAGAGUGUGGCCAGAAGAUAGAAGCUACUUUUAAUUUUUGCCCAUCUUGUGGUUUCAAGAUACCUAGAGAAGACACUGAGGAAGAAGUGAAGCCUGUUUCUGUGCAGUCAACAGCAUCUCCAGCUCAGACUGUGCCCAAUGCAGAGGCAUCCAAAACAAAGCACACUCCUGUGAAAAUAAUCCACCCCAAAAGGGAGUUAGCUUCUCCAAAGAGAAAACGAGAACUGGAAACAAGCUUUCAAAGUUCUCCUACAAAAAUUUCACCUGCGUCGAGAAAUGUCAAAGGAAAGCGCCAGAAAAUCAAUCCAUUGGAACCAAUUCCAGAACAAACAGUCCUGACUGAUCAGAACAGUAAGAAAUGGAAGCUUGUUGAGCUUCUCACUCCAAGUGACAGUGAAUCUGGAUUGCUUUAUUCAGCACAACAAGGGGCUGGUCAUUCACAACCAUGCAAAUAUAUUGUUAAAGUGGAUGCAAAGGAUGGCAGAAUUUUUAACGAACAAAACUUUCUCCAACGUGCUGCAAAGCAAAGUAAAGUGGACAAAUGGCUGAAGUCUCAUAUGAUGAAGUUUCUGGGAAUACCGACAUGUGUUGGCUUUGGAUUCCAUGAAAAUAUUUGCAGGUUUCUUGUAUUCCCAAAUUUGGGUAACAGUCUGCAUUCAAUUCUUGAUAAAACUAAGAAACCCAUGUCUGAUAAAGCAAUACUUCAGCUGUCUUACCGAAUGAUUGAUGUGCUUGAGUAUAUUCAUACAAAUGAAUAUGUACAUGCUGAUAUCAAGCCAGAAAAUAUUUAUGUGAAUCCAAAUGAUCUAGAACAGGUAUAUUUGGUCGGUUACUACUUUGCAUUCAGAUAUUGUCCUGAUGGUAAGCACGUUGAAUACAGAGAAGGAAGCAGAACCCCACAUGAGGGCACUGUUGAAUUGAUCAGUGUAGAUGUACACAAAGGAGCUGGACCUUCCAGACGUAGUGAUCUUGAAACACUGGGCUACUGCAUGUUGAAGGCGUUGUGUGGUUCCUUGCCAUGGUCUGAUAAUGUUGAUUAUCCCAACUCUGUCAUGGAAACAAAACAGAAAUACAAAGCUGACCUACCAAGUCUUUUCAAGUACUGUUCUGGGAAAAGAAAGUUUCCAGAAGAACUGAAGAAAUAUUUGCAACAGGUCAUGUCUCUACAAUAUGAUGAGGAGCCUGAUUAUGAAGAACUAAGAAAUCAAUUUAAAAAUGGCCUUGAAAGGCUGGGCAUGUCACCUUAUGACCCUCUGGAUCUUAUAACCACUAAAUAAAUUUUGUGUGCAGACGACUAGAUCUGAACAAUCAGUAACCCACUGUGAGAUCAGUGUUAACAUAUUGAGUCGAUUUUAAAGCCUAUGCCUUGAAAGAUGCACUUUUUUUUUGACAUCAUGUUUUUUAUAGCUCUUUAGCAAUAGUUCCAUGGUUAAAUGUUUUUUUUUUGGAAGAAAAGUGUGUGCUUGUGUGUAUUUCAGAUUUCCAGGUUUAUAUUUGGUGUUUUAAAUAAAAUUGAAUGGUAAUUUAGAGGUGUUUUUUAAACUGGAAUUCUUAUGCUGUUUCUUACCCGUGGUAUUUUGCUCUUAUUUUGAUCAUUGUUCUAAUUGUGAUCCCAUAGUGGCAACUGAUUAUCUCUAUUAUUCCCACCCUCCUCAAUAAACUUGUGAUGCUUUUAUCUAUAAAUAAACAAUUUAAAUAGUCAGCAAGCUCUUGCAUGAGCUAGAUUUGUUUCUGCAAACAGAGAACUAUUGCAGAAAUCAAAGACAGUUUUGACAGUUUACAUCUUCAUUGAAAUUGGUUAUGAUAGCUCUUUUGGCAAAUACUUCUAACCCAUGUUGUUAGUUAUCUUUAUGAAUAUAAUCUGUUUAAGUUGAAUCAAGUUUAUCUGAAUGUAUUUUGUGAUGAAACACAGGUGUAGCAGCAUCUGUGGAGAGAAAACAGAGUUAACAUUUCAGGCCCAGUGACCUUUCUUUAGAACUCCAGUUCUGGAGAAGGGUCUCCUUAACUCUGCUUUCUCUCCACUGAUGCUCCCAGACCUGCUGUGUUUUUCCAGAAAUUUCUGUCUUUGUUCCUGAUUUACAACAUCCACAGUUCUUUGAGGUUUUUUAUAUUUUGUGAACACUGUUUUAAUAUGCCGAAUUGCUUGUACUGUGAAAUUUGUCUUCCAAAUAGUUUCAAGUAUUAUCCAUUUGGUUUUGGUUGGGGCAAUUUGCCAUUAAUCAUUAGAAAACUGUCUGAAGUUAUAACUUGUUUGCCAUGUGUUUGAUGAAAGGGAAUAAUAACUUUAAUGUGAAAAGACAACAUCUCAAAUCCCCGAGAAUAGUUACUACCCUUAUGAGUUCUAUUACAGAUCCAAGUCUACUGGAAUUUGGAGAGCUCAUGUAUAUGUUCCGUACUUCUAUCCAAGAGCACCUGAAGUCAACAUCUGUAAGAUAAAAAUCAUUCAACCCAAAAUACUUAACUCCGAUUAGAGCAGAUUAUUCAGAGAAUUGUAAAUACAAGGUUAACAGACAUUAUAAAGCAUUCAAAACACAUUUUUAAUGAGACCCAUCCAAUGAUGUCUGGAGGUUUAUGGCUGCUGGCAUUAUGGCAUUGUUGUUUUGGCAUUUAAGGUAUGCCGUUGCACCAUAUAAAUGACUUAUUCCAAAGGCUGGCCCUUUAUUUGAUGGGAUAUUAUGUUUUCCUUUCUGUCUCCUUUCCUGUCAGACCAGUUUUCUUCUAGUUCAAGUAUGCUAUGUCGUGAUUCACAUUCAGUAAAUUUCUAAAUUCCUUCUCUAUUUUGUAACUGUAACAUGAGGUUAUCGCAGAUUUUGUUAGCUUAUUAAUAGACUUCAGCAUUACUAGCUUUUUCAUCUUUUUGGGAUCUGAGUUUUAUUCCAACUUAGAUUGCAGGAAUGCAGUCUUCUCUUUAUCUAUUACCAUUUAGGUAAAAGUAAUGUCACCAAUUUCACAGGUGAAUGUAGACUCCUCUCUAAUCAGAGCGUCACCACACCUCAGGCAAAGGAGAGAUUGCGAAGGGGAGUCCUUCAUGAUAACUUCAGCCAAUUGGCAAUGAAGAAUGAUGCCAACAGAAUGAAAUUGUACCAUAAGGAUAUUGUACUAUAAAUCGAGCCCUGCUAUUCCCAAAAUCUUACCAAAUGUUAAAAUUCUUUUAAGGUAAGCAUAUUUACCUGACUUUCAGAUCAAGACUGAUAGAAAUCCCAGAACAGAUUUCUGUACUAAACCAGAAUUAUUUGUUAUCAGUAAUUAGACUAAAGCUCCAAAUAAAUAGAUAGAAACCCUUGGCAUAAAGCGUUAGCUAAAACUCUAAUUCCUUUAUAAAAUCCUCCUCAUAUGUGCACAAACAAAUAGGAAAAAUAGAUUAUUGGUAGAAGUAGAUAAAACUGGAAAGUCAUUUCAGUAUCUUUGCUUCCUAAUUCCAGAUUGGAAAUGCUUCUAUUUUUAUCUAGGUCUCUGGUGUUCACUUGUCUUUCUGUCAAAGCUUACACUGAUUUACAAGAAAUAUACUUGACUGAUUUACUUGGAAAGUGUCUUAGCAGACAGUGUCUGAUCAGUUUCAAUUUACCAAUUGAAAAGUCUCAGCUCACAGUAAUUGGUUUUCUUUUAAACUGUGAGGUUUUACUGCAAAGAACACGCAGCUUCUCCUUGGGAAACAGCACAGCCUUCUAUGUAUAUUUCUAUCUGUAAUUUAUUUGGUGUUCUAAUCUACUCCGUUAGCUAAGAACCAAUCAGCUUUAAUUGUAAAUAAUUCCUCAGCUUCUGAUUGACUGACUGACUGUCCACAGACAUGAGUUCACAGUAGUUAUUGAACUCCAUAUUGUGACAUUAGAAUUGGAUUUAAUUGUCACAUACUCAAGAACAAAGCACAAUGUACAGUGAAACAUGUACAGUAUCACCACACAAGGUGCCAUCUUAAGUGCAAAGAACCAGGUACAAAUCUUUUAUGAAAAUAGAUUAGGUACAAAAAUAGAAAUAAAGCAAAAAGCUAAAAGUUCUACAUUACGGUUCUUAGUAUAAAUUAGGAAGAUAAAAGAAAUAAAGUUAAACUUUACAGUCCUUCUAUAGCCUGCAGUGUCUCCACCCUGUGAGCUUUACACACGUGGUCUUGCUGUCCCCACACUACUGGGCUCAAGAUCUGUGACAUGCUGACCACACCAGGCCCUAGUCUGUCUGCCGCUUUGCUCUAGCCCUGCGAUCAUGCAGACAAAUUGGUUAAAAAGCAUUUGUAUAGAAACAGUUCUUUUCCUUGCAGCCUAUAGUUUUUAAGGGCAC